UUCAGUAGAGAGAACACCGCUGGAGUUUUGUGUCAUUAAUAUUUUCCCCCUUUUCAGUAAAAUGGCAGAAGCCAGAUUUUCUCAGGAUGAGUUCAAUUGUCCAGUGUGUCUGGAUCUCCUGAAGGAUCCAGUGACCAUCCAGUGUGGACACAGUUACUGUAAGAGCUGUAUUACAGACUGCUGGGAUAAAGAGGAUCAGAAGAGAGUCUACAGCUGUCCUCAGUGCAGACAGACCUUCAGUCCAAGACCUGCUUUAGCUAGAAACACCAUGCUGUCUGAAGUGGUGAAGAAACUGAAGAAGAACAAACCUCCUGCUGACACUGGAGCUGUGCAGUGUGACGUCUGUACUGGAGAAAAACACAUAGCCGUCAAGUCCUGUCUGGUGUGUCAGGAAUCUUACUGUCAAACUCAUUUUGAGCGUCAUGAGGAGUUUCAUUCACGUAAGCCACACAAAGUGACUGAUGCCACUGGACGACUGCAGGAGAUGAUCUGCCAGAAACAUGGGAAACAUCUGGAGAUGUACUGUAUUACUGACCAACAAUGCAUUUGUGAGCUAUGUACAAAAUAUGAACAUAAAGACCAUGCCACUGUAUCAGCUGCAGCACAGAGGACAGAGAAUCAGAAGCAGCUGAAGGAGACGCAGAAGACGUUCCAGCAGAGAAUCCAGCAGAGAGAGAAAGAUCUCCAGCAGCUGAGAGAGACUGUGGAGUCUCAUAAGCGCUCUGCACAGACAGCAGUGGAGGACAGUGAGAAGAUCUUUACUAAAUGUUCCAUUGGGAGAAGCUGCUUUGAGCUGAUGUGGCUCCUGAUUCCUGAUAUCAGAGAUCAGGUAAAGGUUGCAGUGAGUCAAGCUGAAGGACGACUGGAGAAAAUGGAGAAGAAAAUCAAUGAUCUGAGGAGGAGAGACACUGAGCUGGAGCAGCUUUCACACACACAGGAUCACAUCCAGUUCCUGCAGAGUUUCCAGUCUCUCUCAGCUCCUCCUGAAUCUACAGAUGUACAUGACGAUCCUUUCAGUUCUCUCUUCUCUUUUGAUGCUCUGAGAGAAUCUGUCCAUCAGCUGAGAGACAAACUGGAGGAUUCCUGCAAAGAGGAGCUCAAGAAGAUCUCAGACAGAGUCACAUUCCCCAACAAUGUUCCCAGGCCAAUGAAUGACUUCCUACAAUAUUCCCAUCAGCUCACUCUGGAUCUGAACACAGCAUAUAAACGACUCCUUCUGUCUGAAAGCAACAAAGAGAUUACGGCCACUGAUACAGUCCUGUCUUAUCCUGAUCAUCCAGACAGAUUUGAUUAUUGGUAUCAGGUGUUGUGUAGAGAGAGUGUGUGUGGACGCUGUUACUGGGAGCUGGAGUGGAGUGGGAAUAAUGGUGUGUAUAUAUCAGUGUCAUAUAAGAGCAUCAGCAGGAAGGGUAAGAGUAAUGAGUGUUUGUUUGGAUGUAAUGAUCAGUCCUGGAGUUUUGACUGCUCUCCUUCCAGUUACUCAUUCACACACAAUAACAUGGUGACUGUUCUCCCUGUAAAGCCCAUCAGCAGUAGAAUAGGAGUGUUUGUGGAUCACAGUGCAGGAGCUCUGUCCUUCUACAGCGUCUCUGACACAAUGAACCUCAUCCACACAGUCCAGACCACAUUCACUCAGCCGCUCUAUCCUGGGUUUGGUGUUUAUAAAGGAUCAUCAGUGAAACUGUGUUGAUGAAUCAGAUUAGAAUUGACAAGAGAUUCUACUCAUAAUGCUUUGAGCUGCAUGAUAAAUCAAUAAGAGUGAGAUGUUAUAGUCUUUUUUUCUCUUCAUGACAUAAAUACUGCAGUUGAACUUCUUUCACUGAAAUAACAUGUCAGAAUAAAUAUCUGAUAAGUUCCCUUAUAUAUACAGUGUGAGUACUGCUGUUUCUGUGGUUUUCUCAUUUUCCGUUUGUGUUGAUUGAAAUCAGACAUUUAGUUUUUAAUGUAGACACAUCAGUUAUUUUUAUUUUUCCUAUCAAAAUUACCUAUCAAUUCAAAUGAUUACAGUCAAUAAAUGAUUUUCAUGAUUCACAUCA